GCGAGCCGGAGGCAGGCGACUGCGCGUCGCCUUCCCCGAGCGCGCGGCCGGCAAGAAGGUCCGUAGGCGCGGUGUGGGGGUGCGGGUGAGGGGCAUCCUCUGCCUCUCCUUGCUUGCCGACCGAGUUCGUGCGGGUGGCCCUCGUCCCCGGCGUGCGGGAUAGUCUUCUCGGCCGGCGGGGAGGUUGGGGUGGGAAUAGGACGAAUUCGUUCCGGCUGACUCCAUAUCGAAGGUUUUGAUUAUUUCAAGCACAACGCUAAUCAAGAUGCCAGCACUGAAGAUGAAGAGGAAGUUUGACGACGAUGGUUUUGGGGAUGAGUUUGAUUCCAAUCCCACGAAAUCUAUGAAAAUAUCACAUUUUCAAAUUGGUGAAUUAGAGCAAUCAUCUGUGUUGAACUUACCUUAUAAAGAUCCUCAGGAUGAGCUGGAUUUGACAACUCAGUUAGCUGGCCAAGACAUUAUGAUCAUGGAAGCUGCUAGGUUGGAUGAUGCUCUUGGAGGAACAUCUGUUGCGUUGCUCAAGGACUUAAUAUCUGAGGUGGCAGUUUCACCAAACAUGGAGAAUGAUUCAUUACUUAAUUAUGAAGACAGCAGAUCCCAGUUAAAUGUAGUAAAUUAUUUUAACAAAGAUGAAGAUGUAAAUUCUGCAGAAUAUAAUAUAUGUGUCGUUAAUUGUCAUGCAGAAAGCUGGGCCUCAAACGAGGGUUGCAGCCUGUUGGACAUUUAUAAUCCUGAUGAUGCUUUCUCUUUCAUAUUGGAUACACCCUCUGAGUUUCCAGCUAGUUAUACUGCAUUGUGCGAUGAAAUUGUGCCAAUUGAUACAUUGGUAAAUGUAAGUGGCAGAUGUGGACUAUUCCCACUUUCUGAGAGCACUACAGAAGCCACUGUCGGUAAUGAGCCAUGGAAAUAUGAGGGUGAUAUGUUAUUUAGUAAUUCAGAGGUGUUAGAGUGGCUUAAUCCACAUCUGUCUGAGGAGGAUUUGCCUAAUCUCAUUGAUCUUACUGAGCUGAAUUCAGAUGUUGCUCAGGUAUCAAAAGAACAAGGGUCCAGGAAGGUCACUCUUGCGCUUGAUUUGGAUGAAACCCUUGUUCAUUCAACCACAGAGCAGUGUGAUGGCUAUGAUUUCAACUUUCCAGUGUUCUUUGAUAUGAAGGAGCAUAUGGUUUAUGUGAGGAAGAGACCACAUCUCCAUAUGUUCCUCCAAAAAAUGGCUGAGCUGUUUGAGAUUGUUAUAUUCACAGCCAGCCAAAGUGUUUAUGCAGAUCAGCUGCUCGACAUCUUGGAUCCAGAUAAAAAACUGUUCUCUAGGCGCUAUUUCCGGGAGUCGUGUGUAUUUUCGAACACUGGCUACACAAAGGAUCUGUCAGUUAUUGAAGUUGACCUUUCUAAAGUUGUCAUAAUUGACAACACUCCGCAGGUUUUCCAGUUGCAAGUGAAUAAUGGUAUACCCAUAGAGAGUUGGUUUAAUGACUCCUCAGAUGAGGCAUUACCUCAGCUGAUUCCAUUCCUGGAGACCCUUGCUUUUGCGGAUGAUGUCCGACCCAUAAUUGCCAAGAAGUUUGGUAACAAAGGAUAUUGCUGAGAUUUUCCAAUAAAUGUUAGAACAGUUUUUUUUUUCUUUUACUCGGAUAGAGGAACAGAAACUCACACAACAUGUUAACUGGACCUUUGACCCUUUUUUUUUUUUUUACAACGGGUGGUUUCAUAGGAUUAAGAAUUUUGGUGCUAGAGCUAGUUGUGAAUUGUACAUAUCCUCGUAUUUCUUCUCAAAACAGUUUUGUACAUAGUAUGCUGCCAGAAAUGAAAAGGAACUU